AUGAGCAGCAUCCGUGGAGCUGGACAAGCCCCCGCCAGCCCCCUGCUGGCCGCUCCUGAUGAUGUGCUGGGCUUCCUCGCACGUCUGCUGCCCGUGAGAGACAGGCAGAGCCUGGCCGCCACGUGCACUCGCCUGCGCCGCGCCUCGCUGCUCUGGUUCCCCACCGUCAAGCUGAGUCGCCUGCCAGAGGACCCGGCAGAGGCAGCACUGGUGGCCGCCUGGCUGUGCGAGAGACACGCCAGAGCCGCCAUCGAGGUCCAUGCCGGCCGUGAGGAGGAGGGGCAGCUGGCGCUGAUCGACGGCCUGGCUGCGCUGCGCAGCGCGCCUGUUGUCUCCCUUCAGAUCUUCGCAGCGGACGCUGACUUGCCCUCCGACUUCCUGGCUGGCUACAAGUGCCUGGUGGACCUUUAUUGGGAGUGGGGGUGCAUGGAGGGCAGCUGGCGGGCCAUCUCGCACCUCACCCAGCUGCAGCGCCUGAGCUUGGUUGAGGUUGGCAUGGAGCGGCUGCCUCGCGGGGUGUUGAAUCUGCAGGCUUUGACCUACUUGGAUGUGAAUGGCAGCCUUGAGGGACAGGGCGGCUGUCAGCACCUUGCAGCGCUGACGCAGCUGCAGGAGCUGGUUCUGGGGUACUGCGGCCUGACCCAGCUGCCCACGGCCCUGUCACGGCUCACAGCCCUCCGCAUUUUGAGCCUGAGCGGCAACCACGUCCAGAGCGGCUUCCAGCACCUAGCACCGCUGUCGUGGCUGGAGGAGCUGGACCUCACUCCUGGGGAGCAGCUGCCCGCCGUGCUCUCGCAGCUGACAGCUUUGACCUCAUUGACUAUCUUUGGCGAUGACAUCACGCUUGCAAACGGCUGGCAGCACCUGGAGCCCCUGCGCCGGCUGGAGGACUUGCAUCUGAUAUGCUGCUUGCAUGAGCAGCUGCCGCCGUCGCUGUCGCGCCUGGCCACGCUGACCAGCAUUUUGAUCGAUAGCAACACACAUUUGCGGCACGGCUGGCAGCACCUGCCGGCAGCCUCCCUGCAGCGCCUUGACUUGGACGUUUUGACAGUGGAAGAAGUGCCUGUGGCGUUCUCGCGGCUGACGUCGCUGACAGCAUUGAUGCUUCACCAUUGCUCUCUCGAUGGCGGCUGGCACCAUCUGUGGCCGCUCCGUCACCUGCGGCAGCUGGUGGCGGCGGGCUGCCCGGAGAGACGGCUUACAGAGGUGCCCGAGGAGCUGUCGCAGCUGACUGGUUUGACCAGCCUGGCCUGGAACUGA